CCUCACGCGAGCAUCGCUAUAUCCCCACCCUCUCAUCAACCACCAACACCGCUCCUACCACCUAAAAACACAUCUUAUCCGUCAAAAUGAGCGACUGGGACACCGUCACGAAGAUUGGCAGCAAGGCUCGCGGUGGCGUUGCCCCUCGCGAGACCGUUGUCAAGGGCAAGAGUGCCUUGAACGCCGCUCAGCGUUCCGGCCUGGUCCUCGGCACGGAGAAGAAGUACACCACCGGCAACAUCGCCGCUAAGUCUGGUGCCCCCGAAGGCCAGCACCUGACCAAGGUCGACCGCAGCGACGAUAUCAUCAAGCCCAAGACCGUCGGCUACGCCGUCGCCGAUGCCAUCAAGAGGCGCCGUACCGAGGAGGGUUACAAGAUGACCCAGAAGGAACUCGCCACCAAGUGCAACACCACCAUGACCGUCAUCCAGGACUUUGAGCGCGGUACCGCCACGCCCGACCAGAAGGUCCUCAGUGCCAUGGAGCGCGUGCUCAACAUCAAGCUCCGUGGUUCUGACAUCGGUGCUGAAAAGUUCCCCAAGAAGAAGUAAACUCGAAUCGGGGGUGAGCCCGCGACUUGUUGCUUUUUUUGGGGAUGAGACCGGGCCAAAUUAAAGUUCUGCAUUCUCUGAUUUCCCUUUGCGUUGUGUUUUUUUUAUUUUUCGUUCUUGAUGAUCGUCAUGUCCUCCUUGAAGUUUACGUCUCGAUGAUUUGGGAUACUUUACUUCUGUUUUUCCUUAUGGGUUUCUUUUUCUGAUGGCUGUAUUAGCGUCGGCCAUUGCAUGGAAAUGGGC